AAGGCACUGGAGCAGCAGAUGGAGAGUCACAGGGAAGCCCACCAGAAGCAGCUGUCCAGGCUGAGGGAUGAAAUUGAAGAGAAGCAGAAAAUAAUUGAUGAAAUCAGAGAUAUGAAUCAGAAGCUGCAACUGGAACAAGAGAAACUGAGUGCUGAUUAUGAUAAAUUAAAAAUUGAGGACCAGGAAAGAGAAAUGAAACUGGAAAAGCUCAUACUGCUUAAUGAUAAAAGGGAACAAGCAAGAGAAGAUCUUAAGGGGCUGGAGGAAACAGUGGCAAGAGAACUUCAGACUCUUCACAACCUACGCAAACUGUUUGUGCAAGAUCUCACCACCCGUGUUAAAAAAAGCGUUGAACUUGAUAGCGACGAUGGAGGUGGAAGUGCUGCGCAGAAGCAGAAAAUUUCCUUUCUUGAGAACAACCUGGAACAGCUUACAAAAGUUCACAAACAGUUGGUACGUGAUAAUGCAGAUCUUCGUUGUGAGCUUCCUAAGCUGGAAAAACGACUUCGAGCUACGGCAGAGAGAGUUAAGGCCCUGGAGAGCGCACUGAAGGAGGCCAAGGAGAACGCCAUGCGAGACCGCAAACGGUACCAGCAGGAGGUAGAUCGCAUUAAGGAGGCUGUGAGAGCCAAAAACAUGGCACGGAGAGCACACUCUGCUCAAAUUGCCAAGCCCAUCCGCCCUGGUCAUUACCCAGCGUCUUCUCCAACGGCUGUCCAUGCCAUCCGAGGGGGAGGGAUGUCAAACUCCAGCUACUAUCACAACACCAAAUAGACGAGAAGUAAGACCAAAGUAACUUACUCAUCUGUUCUUUCACUGAUCACCCAGUUUUCUUAUAUUUCAGUCUUGCUUUUAGAAAACCCACAGCAUUUUUUUUUCCUAGUUUUAGAAGGAGUCAUUUGCUGAUAAUUUAACUGUGAAAAUUAGUAAUUUAAGUGAGGAGUGCCUUGUUAGAAUGCUUUGCAAGCUGCUGAUGAGAAUUUUUAUUUUAAUGACUUAUCACUUAAAACUUUUUUAAUAAACUAAAAUAUGCUGGUAAAUCUGUACUGAAAUUCACACGUAGAGGUGUGAAACUCAUGUAGUAAAAAUAGAGUUCCA